AUGUUCUCUUUGUGCGCGUUCAUCUUCUUCUUCACCUUCUCUCUCUUCAUCUUCUCCUUCUCUGUUUUCAAAAUUCUGAGAAAAACAGAGCAAAAGCAACAGACCCAGAACGACCUUUUUGAACUCAAGCGUUCAUUGUCUGAAACUCUGGGGAAAACCCAGCUAACCCAUGAAAAUGACCCGACCCAUAUCUCCAAUCCACCCCACAAGCUCCUCGUUGAGAUCUUACCAUCUGAUUCUCCAAAAUGGGCGAGCUUGUUUGUGAACAGAGAAGGUGGUGACCCGGAUGACGCCGGGUCGGGUCUGGACGUGGAGAAACUCGGGUCGGGCGGGGAUCAGAGAGUGAAGAAGAAGAAGAGGAGAGCCAAGAAGAAGAGUUCAUCGCAUUUGGAAGAAGAAGAAGAAGAUAGUGGUAUUCAUAUCCGUGACACGGAAAAUUCGGGUCCGGGUUUGGGGUUCUCGGGUCCAUGA